AUUAUGUUUUCCUCCAAUAUGCAAUUAAACAGUACAAUAAAAACAUACGUACGCGCACAUGCGAUCCCACAAGCUUUAAUUGUUAAAUGAAUUAUUGUUGGUGAAUCUUUUAGGAAAACAACUACAAACAAGACAGUAUGAAAUUAGUUCGAUCGUCAUUCGCAGCCUUUGUCUUUGUUCUGGUGGUAGCGCUUUUUGCAUUAUGCGUCAUUUCCGGUACCCAGAGGUCGCCGUAUUUUGCUACAGAGGCGAGAGCUGCCCAUAUCUUUCGACCGAAUAAACGCCUCUUGAAAUACACAAAGGUACACGUGUAUACUACCACAGUCAGUUCAACACCAAAAAUUGAUUCUCCUUUGAGUUCCUCGAUUUUUCCACUGGUCAGUAAGACAAAGGAACUCCCUCCAACACCAGCGAGACUCGUCAAUGGAAUACGACUUCAUGAGGCUGUUAAAAGCGUCGCCGAUGAUAAUGAAGAACUGACAAAUGAAUUUGCACAAAUGGAAAAAGAGCAGAGGUUACAAAUAAACAAGCUUAUACAAGUAUGUUCCACUAACGUAUUGCAAAAUGCAACAUACGCUGGUAAGGGAAGCUACAAUUAUCAUCGAUCGAGGGCUUACAACGUUGGUUACUGCAAAGUACCGAAGUGUGGCAGUACAUUUUGGAUUCGAUUGUUUACUGUCCUCGAUAAUGGAAUUAAUGUAGCAAAGAACAUUCUAGAGAAGUCCCGUUCAUCACUUCACAGAAUGCCACAUAGUUUUCAUUCCAGCCUUUUGAGUAUUUUACAGUUAAAAUCCCCUACAAUUCUUUCAGCAAGAAAUCCAUAUUCUAGAUUGUAUUCAGCGUAUAUUGAUAAGCUUUACCUAUUUCUAAUGUGGAAUUACAGUUUAAAAAUACUCGCAAUAGAUAAAACGAAUACAACUGAGAGAAUUUGUCCACAGACAGUUUCAUUUGAGGACUUUUUGCAAUGGAUACUACGAGAUGCUUCACAAGGGAAAACUCUCAACAGACACUGGGCUCCCAUGUUUUCGUUAUGUAAGCCAUGUGAUGUCGUGCCUAUUUCAAUUGUACGCCAAGAAACUUUUGCAAAGGAUGUCAAGUUCAUUUUACAGUAUUUAAAAGUCGACGAAGAUAAGUAUGAAUUCAUAAUGUCUGCUUUACAAGGAAACCGUGUGGAAACGGCAUUGCCAAGCAUUAUUGCAACGGUGUUAAACAGGGUGAAAACACUUGUAAAAGAUAACUGCCUAAACUGGAUUGACAUAGCCAGAAGAACAUGGUCAGCCUUCCAAAUUCAAGGGUUCAUAGCUAAUGAGGUCAAUUUUCCAUCUGAACAAUUCAGAAAUUUAACAGAUCCAUCUGAUGUUGUCAAAGUAUCCGAAUUUAUAAUAUCAGAAAUAUAUAAACACCCUUUAUCUAAGGACGAAAGCCGUAAUCAAAGAAACAUGGCAUUGCAAGCAGCGUAUUCUGACGUCGGCGAGGAGACAAUUGUUGGUAUUCAGCAAUUGUAUAAAGAAGAUUUCCUCUUGUUUGGCUACUCGUUCGUACCACCAAACAAAGAAGGCUUUUUUAGCGAAUAAGCUCAACCCAAGCUUUUUCUUAUUUUCAAUUGGAAAUGGAAAAACAACAGAGAUUACAAAUAAACAGACCCACACAAUUAUGUUCAUCCAACGUGUUGCAAAAUGCAACAUACGCUAGAAAAGGAACCUAUAGGUGUUAUCGAUCGAGGGUUUACAACGUUGGUAACUGCAAAGUACCGAAAUGUGCCACUACAUUUUGGAUUCGAUUGUUUACUGUCCUUGAUAAUGGAAUUAAUGCAGCAAAGAAAAUUCUAGAGAAUUCCCGUUCAUCACUUCACACCAUGAAACAUAGUUUCCAAUCCAUCCUUUUGAGUAUUUUACAAUUAAAAUCCCAAUCAAUUCUUUCUGCAAGAAAUCCAUAUUCUAGAUUGUAGUCCGGUCAGAUGCAUAAUAUGGUUUUAUUUACAAUGUGGUGUUGUAUUUAGUCCAAAUGCAGAACAGGUUGUUUGUUCCGAUCAUUGUUUUCUGCCUAAUUGUUGAGAAUACAUCAUGUGUAUUUCGUUUUAAUUUCCCUAAAUGCUCAUUUUUUACA